AUGACCUCAAAUACUCUUACUUUUAUGUGUCUUAUGAGGGGUGACAGGAUGAAUCGGUCGCCCUCAAAACGAUUGCUGGACCGCUUAGAUCUCCGACGUUGGAAUGAAGACCUAGAGAUGAAGAUGUCGUCUGGAGAGAUCAACAAUAAAAUGUAUAUCUGUUGCCGGAUCUCAGGUGGAAGCGCGGCAGCUUUGGGUGCUACUCCCUGGAACACACGCGCAUGUUCCACUACACUCGCGCAAUUUUGGUCACACACUCCUAAAGCUUCUGAUGAUGGCAUCAAGCGAGAUGCAUAUUUCAUGCUUCUGUCAGAUGAUUUACUCAAGUUCCUAGAAGGGUGCGUCGAGAUCCUCCGUAGCCCAAAGACCCCAGAUUCAAUACUACAAUGUCCUCCUUCGACUCUCGUCCUUCUCGCCUCACAUCCCGCGGCACUAAUCAAACUCGCGCACUCCAAGAUCCACAGCUUCAAAUUCAGCGAAGUGCCGACAUGCUGGCGAAGACUGUUCACAGACGCCAGUAUUUGCCAGGCUGUACAUGUUGCUCGAGCGAAUGUAAAAGCAGAUGACGACACGGCGCCAGAUCAAAGCGAUGAAGGAAGGGAUGGAAGUAUUAAGCAAGAAUUAUGGAUACAAGAAGUUGUCCGGCUACUGGAUCUGGCUCAGAUCAUCGCCGGCGCGCCAGGAAGGGCAGUCAUGAUUGAGGAAAUAUUAAGAGCUUUGCAGGAUUGGCUAGAAGCAGAUGCCGAACUGCCUCUGCGAAAGAAAAGGAAAACAGAGAUCAAAUGCUUCCCUUUACAAGAUCGUAAUGUACCUCGGAUCACACGUGAAAUACCAAGGCUCAGGGCCCCGACUAUGGCAGACUUUGAGAAGCAUCUCCCCCAAGCUCAACCUAUGGUGAUAGAGGAUGCCUUAAGCCACUGGCCGGCAUUCCAAGAGCGCCCCUGGAUAUCUCCAUCAUACCUCCUAAGCAAGACAUUCGGAGGCAGACGUCUCAUCCCGGUUGAACUCGGUCGCAGCUAUACAGACGACGGAUGGGGUCAAACAAUUAUGACAUUCAGAGAAUUCAUGGAUCGAUAUAUGCUGUCCGACCUCGUCCCACGGCAAAACGGCGAAGACGUGGAUGAAGGGCUUGACAUAGCUUACCUUGCCCAACACGACUUGUUCACCCAGAUUCCCUCGCUUAGGAACGACAUCUCGAUUCCAGACUACUGCUACACUGAUCCACCACCACCAGCAAAAGGGACAACACUUUCCAAGCUGCCAGCUCAGCCAAAAUUAGAAGAGCCUUUGUUGAAUGCUUGGUUUGGGCCGGCAGGAACGGUGUCACCUUUGCAUACGGAUCCGUACCAUAACAUUCUCUGCCAAGUGGUCGGACGGAAAUACGUCAGAUUGUACAGUCCUUCUGAGACUGAGAAUCUUUAUCCAAGGGUCGCUGAGGAAGACGAAGUGGAUAUGAGUAAUACCAGUCAGGUAGACGUCGAGGGGUGUGACGAUGUCAUGGAGAAGGAAUUUCCCCGUUUUCGGGAAGCGAAGUAUGUAGAGACAGUGUUAGCGGCGGGUCAGGCGCUGUAUGUACCCGUGGGCUGGUGGCACUAUGUGAGGAGCUUGGAUGUGAGCUUUAGUGUUAGCUUUUGGUGGAAUUGA